AUGCCGUCGAAGACGGAUUACAGUGGACGGAGAGCGGAGACGGACAAAAACUCCGAUAGAGAGGGACGCUGCGAAGAAAUCGAUUCCGUCCUCAGUCGUUCGUCGGGCGCGGGGCGAGCGGCGCAGGAUAGGCUGGAUGUGCACCGGCGGUUGCUAUGGUUACAGGCGUUGGAAUGUUUAGGCAGGCGGCGCACGGAGGCCUCCAUCGUCCUCGUAUCGCUCAGUAGAGUAUAUGGCUCGCUUAUGUACCAGAGCGGCAUACAUGAUGGCCGUCUGAUCGUCGAGAAGCGCGCGAGCGGGACGGCGAGCGGGCGGCGCGCGGGCGCGAGCGGGAGGGCGCUCAAUUGCUCAAUUUGUGCCGCGGCCCGCGAGGUGCCCUCGGGUUCCUUUUUCAAAAACCCAAUGAGAUCGAUCGCUCGCCAUGUCCGCAAAUUAGAGCGGGAAUCGUUGUUCGUUAGUCGGGCGCGCGCGCGGGAAGGCUUUAGCGGCGGCGGCGGGCCGACGGAAUCCGGUCUCUGCGCCCAGGGCGUUGGGGCGAUAGUCGCGUGCGCCGGGUGGCCU